ACUACCAGGAAGUCAACAGAGAUGGCUGACUGGAACAGAGGACGUGGUGCAGUGGAUGACAUGUUGGAUGCGGAAAACAAACGUUUGGCCGAAAAUCUGGCCAGUAAAGUGUCCAGAUUAAAAUCGUUGGCACUGGACAUAGACCAAGAUGCAGAGGACCAAAAUGUAUAUCUUGACAGCAUGGACUCCAAGUUUAUGAGUGCCACAGGUCUAUUGACGGGGAGUGUAAAAAGGUUUUCCACCAUGGUGCAGUCUAGCAGGGACAACCGAAAGCUGCUGUGCUAUAUUUCAAUUGGACUGGUCUUAAUUUUCUUUCUGCUUUACUACCUUGUCACCAGGGUGCAGAGUUAGGAUUACUUUUUUUCUUCUUUUUUAAAGAUAUAUUUAAAGGCAAUUAGAUCUCUUUCAAUUUACUGAUUUAAAUGAGACUUAUUAAACAGUCAUCCCUAUGAAGCAAACCAAGUUUAUAGCCAUUUUGGGAAACACAGAUGCAGAGGGAGGUUUUGACUAGUGGUGACUCAAUAUAUUGAUACGCCACAGGUAUUACUGUGCACCGAGCAACUGUUUUCUCCUCGUAAGACUAACUAUUUAGUGAUAAUUCUUGAGAGGUUAUUAUAAACCAUAUUACCAAAUGGACGAAUGGAACGUCUCAUGGAGGAUUCAGAGUCCUUUACUGUGUUCUACACUGCAGAGGAUGGACAGAAACAGACACAGGAAACUGCGCUGGUUUUGCUUCUCCCUGGUGUUUCUGCACUGGUGCUUAAUGUCAAUAGCUUAGUGAAGGGGUGGGUUAUGGUAAACCUGGUCAGACAGUCUUAAUGUAUUAAACAACUGACACACUUAAACAAAGAGAACUUUGGUAAAUUACUUUUUAGAUGCUGUGCACUAAUUAUGUGUUUCAGUUCAGAAAAAAGUGCAUUGUUACAGCUCAGCUGUAUUGGUGCGACGCGGUAGUCUGUUUUAAUUUUGUAAACAGUGAUGAAUAAAAAUAACACCAUUCUUUAACUGUUUAUUCAUCACAUAAUUGUUUUCAGUUAUCCCCAUAUAAACAUCACAAAAUAGAGAAAAGACCAAUGUCUUUUUUUAAGAAUGAAAGAUCCAAUUCAUCAAUGAGAUCGAUCCUUAGAUGCCAAUAUUUCAUUCCAGUUCCGGGGAUUGUACCUCUUGAAUUCUUAUUUAUAAAGAUGGUUCUUUAGCAUAUUUUUUCCAUAAAGCUUCAUAAGCAUAAUGCUGUACUGUGUGUACACUUAGUUAUGAUGUGGAAAUAUGAAACUGAAUACAAAUUACUAAUUCUAUAAUGAAUAUAAGUAUAAAUAUUUUUGCAUUGCAAAGAUUUUUCUUAAGGUGUUUUUUUUCCAAUGUGUUUUCUUUAAAUAUUGUUUUUGCAUCUGACCAAAAUGCUAUGCCAUAGCAUAAAAUGUAUAAAAGCAGUGAAACUGAAUAUUGUGUUUAUGAUUUAAUGCAGUAACCAGUUUUUGGGUAUCCAUUUUCAUUGGAUUUUGCACCAACAAAUAAACAGAUUUAUAUUAGAUAAA